GAAGUAAUUUCUCUGUGCGUGCUCGGGACAGGGGAGGGCGGACAGCCCUGAUUUUGUUAGGGGCUGCACAAAGCCCAGCCCUCAUACGGGUGACACGGGCUCUGUGAAGUCGCGAUUAUUACGGUUAUCAGUGCCCAGCAGGCUGGCUGCUGUCUAAGAGUUAUUUGUGGCCUUUGUGCAGCUAUAAAUGGAAACCGCCGGCGCUCUGAAGCUAUCGCCGCGACGCUGGGCUGGACCCCGCAGAGGGGGAUACUGAAAGGCGCCGUGAGUUUGAGCAUGUAGACAAGAGGACUCUACCACCGACUGGGGAAACUUUCACUGCAGGACGAGACGCGGACACAUGGAGAAACCCAAACCAAAGGAGGGCAUGCGGAAGUUCCCGUGCGAGGUGACCACCGUCAGGCUUGUUUCAUUCUCCUUUGUGCCAGCCCUGAAAAAACUGCCAACUGAAAGCACCGUAACUCUGGGAGAAGAGGAAAGACAGCCGAUGAGGAGAUCGAAUGAGUAUGUAGGGAUGCUGAAGGAAGCAGCCGCAGGUCAGACCAUGUCUGGGGACGGAGUGUUCAAGGCGGAUUUUGUGUACGUUGGUGGUGAUGUGGACGAGGGGGAUCCCGGGGAUCGGCGGACCCGGCUGGCCAAGGAGACCACAGUCAGACAGGAGGCGCACUCUCAGCUAAAUCUGUCUGCUGAACACAUGAUGCAAGGCCAACUCACUCCUUCUCAAAUCACUGCCCCCUCGGAGAGCACAGCUCGUAUCUCUCUUAACAUGAGUCCAGCAAUAAAUGCUGUCAUGGAAACGGCCAAUGACAAACACCGUUCCACGGAUGUGCGUGGCUGUGACGCCUCGUUCGGGAGCAAGGUGUCUCCAGGUCUCCUUUUGAACCAAGUGCCUGAUAAAUGGACGACUCUGAUUUCGGACCGCGGGGUGACUCACUCUGCUGAGCUGCUGGAAACACCGGCCUCCUCGAGAGAGUCAGUGCUGUCCGAGGACUGGUUUGGCCCUCGCGUUCUCUCCUCCGAGGGGUCCCCUGCAUCCCUCAGUCGUACCAUCUCUCCCUGUUCCUCCGUGAGGUCCGGGGUGUUCACCCCGUCCGUGAUACGAGUCAAGCGCCACUCCCUGGCCCCGGGCUCCAGCUUGGUGUGGAACUUACAACCCUGCCUCUCUCCGGCUUCCAGCCUCGCCCCUUCGCCCUGCCCCCCGUCCCCCAGAACGGGGAGGGCAUGGCACAGGCCCCCGCCCACCCAGCUCACCCUGCUCACCGCCAUUCUGAGGAAAGGCCGUCUGCCUGUCUUAUCCUCCGUCCAGCAGAGGGCGUACUCCCCCUGCUGGCCCAUCAGUGCAGUCAGCCUGUCCUCCUGCAGCGCCUGCAACGCUGCCGCCAAGCUGGCCCUCUUCUGUCCCGGUGUGGCCAGGAGUGGCAAGGGCCAGACUGCCAUAGCGGCGCCCCAGAGAGAAGCCCUGCACAUGCUCACGCAUGGCCCUGAGUCUCAGUGCCUCAGAUGUCUCACCCCUCCUCCAUCUCCCGACUUGUUUGAGUCCAACACCUUUGAUCCACCUGUACGAUCGCUGAGCCAGUCACCUCAAUAUGCCUUACGCCAAGGUUCUACUAACUUUACCUGGCAGAGAGUCACCUCCCCAACCCAGCAGCGUGGAGUCACCUCCCCAACCCAGCAGCGUGGAGUCACCUCCCCAACCCAGCAGCAUGGAUUCACCUCCCUGACGCAGCAGUGCAGAGUCACCUCCCCAACCCAGCAGCAUGGAGUCACCUCCCUGACCCAGCAGUGGAGAGUCACCUCCCCAACCCAGCAGCUUGCUGUCACCUCCCCUACACAGCAGUGUGGAGUCACCUCCCCUACCCAGCAGCAUGGAGUCACCUCCCCUACCCAGCAGCAUGGAGUCACCUCCCCAACCCAGCAGCAUGGAGUCACCUCCCCAACCCAGCAGCGUGGAGUCACCUCCCCAACCCAGCAGCGUGGAGUCACCUCCCCAACCCAGCAGCGUGGAGUCACCUCCCCAACCCAGCAGCGUGGAGUCACCUCCCCAACCCAGCAGCAUGGAUUCACCUCCCUGACGCAGCAGUGCAGAGUCACCUCCCCAACCCAGCAGCAUGGAGUCACCUCCCUGACCCAGCAGUGGAGAGUCACCUCCCCAACCCAGCAGCUUGCUGUCACCUCCCCUACACAGCAGUGUGGAGUCACCUCCCCUACCCAGCAGCAUGGAGUCACCUCCCCAACCCAGCAGCAUGGAGUCACCUCCCCAACCCAGCAGCAUGGAGUCACCUCCCAAACCCAGCAGUGUGGAGUUACCUCCCUGACCCAGCAGUGUAGAGUCACUAUGCCAACCCAGCAGCAUGGAGUCACCUCCCCAACCCAGCAAUGUGGAGUCUCCUCCCCAACCCUGCAGAGUACAGUCACCUCCCCAACCCAGCAAUGCGGAGUCUCCUAUCAAACCCUGCAGAGUACAGUCAUCUCCCCAACCCAGCAAAGCGACGCUGCAUCGCCGAUCUCUCCUUCUGCUCCUGUCACAAGGGCUGCACCUGCUGUCCAAAAUUUGCCAUUCUCCAUUAAUCCACAGGGGACCCUGCCCCCUGUGUCCAACCGAGUGCUGUCCUCCUCCUUUUUAAGACUCCGCUCCCUGGCCCUUAAAAACAGCUCUCCAUCCCCUUGUGCCACAGGGGACUGCCCUGCACCCUCCCCUGUGCCCAAACUCUCCUGUACCCCAGUGUCCAAACUCUCCUGUACCCCAGAGCCCAAACUCUCCUGUACCCCAGAGCCCACACUCUCCUAUACCCCUGAGCCCAAACUCUCCUGUACCCCUGAGCCCAAACUCUCCUGUACCCCAGAGCCCAAACUCUCCUGUACCCCAGAGCCCAAACUCAGUAGUAGCCCAGUGCCCAAACUCUCCUUUACCCCAGAACCCAAACUCACCAGUAACCCAGUGCCAAGACUCACCUAUACCCUAGAGCCCAGGCGUGAUGAUAUACAGUCUUCACCUGCACCCUCUCCAGUACCCAAACUCACAUUUGUGCCAUCGCCCAGCUGCAGUGAAGCAAGGUGUUUAUCUCCCCUCCAGACUAGCAUCAGAAUGUCCCCCCUUUCAGAGAAGCUGUGCCCCCAACCCCCCGCCUGCCGCCUGUCCCCGUCUCCAUGGACUCCGACGCUCUCGCCCUCCCCCAGCGCGUCCCUGUGCACACUGGGCCUGCUUUCACCGCUCCCUGACUCGCACUCCUCCACGCCCGACCGCCUGAGUCUCUCCCCCUCUCCGGCGACCUCCAGCCGCGACCUCCUCACCCCGUCACCCUCUGUCUCCCCAUCUCUCUCCCCCUCCGCCUCUCCGGUCCCCAAGAGCGACAGCGACAGGGCAGGUAGAAAGAGAAAGUACAAGAUCAAGUCGAGCUACAAGGCCUUUGCAGCGAUUCCCACAAACACUCUCCUUCUGGAGCAGCAGGCCAUAGAUGACAAGGUGGAGAAAGAAGGGUGUCCCCUAGAGGCAGAAGCGGACAGGGUGACAGAGACACACUCAGAGAUGUGCUCACCAGCCCAGCUGAGGCAGCAGUCAGAAGAGCUGUAUGCUGCCAUUGACCAGGUUUUACUGGAUCCCCUCCCCAUGCACCGGUCACAGUCUGCUCCGCUGCCCUCGGAGACACUAGAGGAUGCUGAGGUGCCGAGGAGACUUACAUCCUUACCAAGGUCUGCAGGGCGGGAAACUAAAUAUGCAAACUUCCACCUGCAACCCUCUGGUUCUGCUGAAAGAAAUCCGACUAAGCCAGGUGUCAUACGUCCAGUGACAGUUAUACCAAAAUUAACUGAGGAAGAGGAGGAUUUCCCAAACCCAUUCCGACAGCAGUACCUGGAAGAGACACCUGAGGAGCAGAGCCAGAAGCCCCGGCACCCAAUAGUGACUGUCCACGAGAACGAGGCUCUGAGCUGCAGUGAGUUUGUGCGCACCCCAGCUGGCCAGACUGCACAGCUGGCUGAGGACCGCAGAGCUGCUGGGAGCCCCACAUUCAGAAAAGGAGACGUCAGAAGAACGGAUGAAAUGGUCCUUCUGAUAACUGAAAAAGAAGUGACCAGGACGCCGCCAGUGGCAGAGGGAUCCUCAAAAUUAGGUCCGGCCUCCUUCAACACAGCACGCGUGAAAACAGAGGUCCGUGAGACCCACAUUUAGGUGGUUCCAGGGUGAGGUGAGGACAAAGCAGUUGUGAGAUGGUAGUGCCUCCUCUUUUAUCCAAUAGAUGAGGAUUAAAAAGCCAUGCAGUAUUCACACUCAUUUCUAAGCCUUAUUAUACGUACACAUAUGUGUAAAAAUGUGACGCUAGCCAUGUAUCCUGAUUCACAAAGAAAAAAAAAAUGACCAAAGAGGACAGAAGGUAAAGCUAUUGAGGGUGGAUCCACAAAAAAUGAUCCAUCUGCUUAACCAUGAAUGAACAUAACAUUUAUAUGCAGUUUAAGGUUAAUGCAAAUUUGACUGAACCCUUCUAUUCUGGGUAAAACAAGGGUACUUAACAUAUGAAAAUACACCAGCAUUUCACUUUAAGCCCGAACUGUGAAUGCAAAUGCCUUCUUAAAAGUAAUGCUCAAUGAAAAGAAGAGCAGGAGGGGACAGCACUUCAAAACGUUUCAUAAACAGCCUUAAGUAAAGUAAACACAAAAGGAUUUACAAUGAGAGACGCAAUAAUUAUGGGAUUGGGUACACGGAAGACCCAGUUGGUAGGUGUGUUAGAGUUACCUCCUAAUAUAAAUGAAAUAAAAACAGUUAACAGGUUGUACAGUUACUCCUCUUGGCAAUGUUUAAAAACUAGAACUUUAGUUAGUGUAGCACAGAAACCAGUCCUUGAAAUAAAGGAUGAAAUAAAAUGAAUUACGUAUGUAUCUGCAGUUCUGUGAGUCCUAGAUGACUGCCAGAGUUCUCUGUUACUCAGCAUCGUCACAGCUAUGUGAGAUGAUUCAGCAGGACAGAUUCUCGAAUGACAGGACUAUUUAUGCAUUUGCUUGCGUCAUCCUGUGUCACGGGUGAAUUGUUGGUAUAAGUUUUGUGACCCGCACUAGUGUGAGACAGAAGAUAUUCAGUAUUGAGCAGUGCCUUUGGUGGUCAUCCAGGAUUCCUAGAGCUGCAUUUACCUUCAUGACUCGUUUGAUAUAGAUAACAGAUCUUUCUGAUGUUCCACUGUGUGUAUAUAUAUGCUGUUUGAUGCCUCCAUGACAUUUACUUGUGUUUUAUUGUGACACGUGAGCUUCGUUCAAGCUUGCCAUGGUUUUUAUGGGUUUUUGUCUUUGCUAACUGUGACCAACCAUAAACCUUUUCCCUUUCUGUGUAAUUGCCUGCUUUAAAAAAAAAAAAAAAAACGUUUAGUGAAUUGGCUCUAAAACAGAGAUGCACUAGGCUGACAAAAAGCCUAUAAUCAGAGGUCAGUUAUUAGUCUUGCUAUAUCUGUCCUUCAGAGGCACACAAUAACAGGACAAGACAUAAAUUCAUACACUGCUAAUGCCCUUAAUAUUACAAUCUUAAUUGUGACACAUGGACUAAACACUUUCAAAUUAUAUGACAAGAUGCCAUUAUCCAUCCUUCCAUCCAUUAUCUAUACCUGCUUAUCCCGGGCAGGGUCACAGGGGAAAGAUGCCAUUAUUCCAGCUGUAAAUUGAAGCUUUUGAUGUACUAUAUAGUUAAUUUGUAAUGUACUGGAGUACAGAAGGAAUGUAUAUUUACUGCAUAUUAGUAUUUUUUAAAUAAAAAAAAUAUUUUUACAUUCGAAAAUGAUUACAUAUAAUAAUUUUUGGAUGACAUAUGUAAUUGAGGACUCAAAAUAAUCCCAUUAAAAAAAUAUUUAUAGCAGAUAAAUGUUUUUGAGAGUGGAAUGUGAAAGAUGGUUGGCCUAUCUGGGUAACGUUGUUACUGAUAUUCUCAAAUAUUGGGUCCAGGUCUCCUAGCCAUGGACUUCACUUUUUCAUUUUAAUCACUGAUGCACACACUGACUAAAACCACGCAGAACAUGUCUCCCGAUUUCUCAGUAGAGAAAUAAAGAAAAAGGAAAGUGUUUUGUGUGGUGCUAUAAAAUAAUUUUAAAGUGUUUAGUCUUUCAUAUUCUUAUAAGUGUGAAUAUAAACUAAAAUAAAGCACAGGCUGUUGUAUAGCUAUUUUUCCACAAUUAAACCGAUAGAUUCCUACUAUAAAGCUAGAUUGAUAUUAUUGAAUAUAUAUGUUGGAAAAAAUUAUUAACUGCAACUGUGUUAAAUGCAAAUAACCAACAAAUGUUUGAUUGACUGUUUAAUGUAUAAGUUGAAUUACUGUAGUUUGGUUCUAGGGAAAAUAUCAUGUAUCUGUAUUCAAUGAACUAAUAACUUGCCAUGUUCAAGCACAUAUAAAUUGGCUUUUGAAUAAGA